UUACAUACUUCCUCACCAGACACCACCAGGAGUUCUCAGCCCCCAAAACCUGUCACUGAUCCUCACCAGGCUGUCUGCUCUACCUUCUCCCCCCACUCAAGGGCUCCCGUCCUCACCUCCCUGCAACACUGCUCCUAGAACCAUGUCUCUCUAGCUGGAGACAGCCAGGCCUGUUCCCUUCUGGGUCUCCAGUGUCCCUUUUUCCCGCAGGUGACAGUGCUGGCUACAAUGCUGUCCAGCCGGUGGUGGCCAAGUUCCUGGGGGAGCCUAGGGCUGGGCCCCCGAAGCCCUUCUCGGGGAUCCCAGCUCUGUGCCCUCUAUGCCUUUGCUUAUACUGGGGCAGAUGGCCGGCAAGUGUCUCUGGCUGAAGGGGACAGGUUUCUAUUGCUUCGAAAGACCAACUCCGACUGGUGGUUGGCAAGACGCCUAGAAGCUCCCUCCACCUCUCGACCCAUCUUUGUCCCAGCGGCCUAUAUGACAGAGGAAUCCAUCCCUUCCCAGAGUCCAACUACUGCCAUCCCCAGCCAAUUGCUCUGGACUCCUGGGCCAAAGUUGUUUCAUGGUUCCCUGGAGGAGUUGUCUCAGGCCCUCCCAAGCAGGGCUCAGGCUAGUUUGGAGCAGCCUCCUCCACUUCCCCCCAAAAUGUGUAGGAGCGUCAGCAUUGACAGUCUGAGGCCCUGCCUUCUGAAGACUUUCCAGGAAGGACCAGGUGGAAGAUCCCUCUCCCGGGAAGACUUGCCGUCAGAAGCCAGUGCCAGCACAGCAGGCCCCCAGCCCCUCAUGUCAGAGCCCCCUGUGUACUGUAACCUGGUGGACCUUCGCCGCUGUCCCCGGUCCCCACCCCCAGGCCCUGCAUGCCCCCCGCUGCAGAGGCUGGAUGCCUGGGAGCAGUACCUGGACCCCAACUCCGGACGCUGCUUCUACAUCAAUUCACUGACUGGCUGCAAGUCCUGGAAGCCCCCGCGCCGCAGUCGGGGCAAGAUGUGUGUUUUCUCUCUGGGGCUCUCAGAAGAUCAGAAGAAUCAGCCAAGUAUAAGAAGGGUGUGGAGGUGGCAUCUGGAUGCAGCUUUAUUUCCUCCUCCCCUAACCCAGAACCCUGGCUCCAUGGAGGGGACACAGACCCUGAAGAGGAACAAUGAUGUCCUGCAAUGUCAGGCAAAGGGCUUCGGAUCUGACACAGGGACCCCAGAACCGCUUGACCCACAGGGUUCACUCAGCCUCAGCCAACGCACCUCGCAGCUUGAUCCUCCAGCCUUGCAGCCCCCUCGACCUCUGCCGCAGCUCCUGGAAGACCCCCAUGAGGUGGAAAAGUCGGGUCUGCUCAACAUGACCAAGAUUGCCCAAGGGGGGCGCAAGCUCAGGAAGAACUGGGGCCCGUCUUGGGUGGUGUUAACCGGUAACAGCCUGGUGUUCUACCGAGAGCCACCGCCGACAGCGCCCUCCUCUGGUUGGGGGCCAGCGGGUAGCCGGCCCGAAAGCAGCGUGGACCUGCGCGGGGCGGCCCUGGCGCACGGCCGCCACCUGUCCAGCCGCCGCAACGUCCUGCACAUCCGCACGGUCCCUGGCCACGAGUUCCUGCUGCAGUCCGACCACGAGACAGAGCUGCGAGCCUGGCACCGCGCUCUGCGGACUGUCAUCGAGCGGCUGGAUCGGGAGAACCCCCUGGAGCUGCGUCUGUCGGGCUCUGGACCCGCGGAGCUGGCGGAGCUGAGCGCCGGGGAGGACGAAGAAGAGGAGUCGGAGGCGGUGUCCAAACCACUGCUGCGCCUCAGCAGCCGCCGGAGCUCCAUUCGGGGCCCCGAAGGCACCGAGCAGAACCGCGUGCGCAACAAACUAAAGCGGCUCAUCGCAAAGAGACCGCCCUUACAAAGCCUGCAGGAGCGGGGUCUGCUCCGAGACCAGGUGUUCGGCUGCCAAUUGGAAUCACUCUGCCAGCGGGAAGGAGACACGGUGCCCAGCUUUGUGCGGCUCUGCAUUGCUGCUGUGGAUAAAAGAGGUCUGGAUGUGGAUGGCAUUUAUCGGGUGAGCGGGAACUUGGCAGUGGUCCAGAAACUUCGCUUUCUGGUGGACAGAGAGCGUGCGGUCACCUCCGAUGGGAGGUAUGUGUUCCCAGAACAGCCAGGACAAGAAGGUCGGUUAGAUUUGGACAGUACUGAGUGGGAUGACAUUCAUGUGGUCACCGGAGCCCUGAAGCUUUUUCUCCGGGAGCUGCCCCAGCCUCUGGUGCCACCACUGCUGCUGCCCCAUUUCCGUGCUGCCCUUGCACUCUCCGAAUCAGAGCAGUGCCUCUCUCAGAUACAAGAAUUAAUAGGCUCAAUGCCAAAACCCAACCGUGACACUCUACGGUACCUCCUGGAGCAUUUAUGCAGGGUGAUAGCACACUCAGAUAAGAAUCGCAUGACUCCCCACAACCUGGGAAUUGUGUUUGGACCAACCCUGUUUCGGCCAGAGCAGGAGACAUCUGACCCAGCAGCCCAUGCUCUCUACCCAGGGCAGCUGGUCCAGCUGAUGCUCACCAACUUCACCAGCCUCUUCCCCUGACCCAGGGAAGGAAGAAGAGAAAACCUAUUUCCAGUCAUCUCUGGUGGUGAGAGGCUGGUGUUCUGUUUUGAGGACAUCCCUUUAAAUUUCCCAAAUGACUGUCUCCAUCUUCAUGAGUGUGACUUGAGGGGUUGGGAUGGGUGAGGGAGCUUCUCUAAAGAGGAAAGUGAGUGGAUUAACCCCUGCUUCUCUUCUUGUUCCCUGUUAUAAUUCCUCCCCAACAUAAUAACACAUAAAGUGGCAUGUUGGUUGUUUUUUUUUCUGA